AUGCACUCACGUGCUGCGGACUCGGAGUCGCUGGACGGUUGCAUUCAGAGUACGUUAUCAGCACUCUACCCUCCAUUUGAGGCUACCGCAGCCACUGUUCUGUGCCAAGUUUUUGAUGUGGUGGAGAAGACGUACCGUGGGGAUGGACUACGCUACCUCAUAGACUUCCUGAUUCCAGCCAAGCACAUUCUGCAUGGUUCCCUGGCCCUGCGGAUGAAGCUGUUGGGCUCCCACCGCUGCCAGGAGGGCAUGCAGGGCAAAAUGCUGCCAGUUCAGUACUGUGGCUUGCUGUUUCGCCAUGAGGGCUGGCCCCUGUGUAUUCACAAGAAGAUUGUAGUCCAGCUGGCUUCCAUUGACUGGCGAAUCUUGAAGCCUGGUGACUUCUACCUGCAGGUGGUCCCCUAUCUGAAGAAGUCUCCGCGAAUUGUAUUGAAAUGUUUGGCAAAAGACAAGCAUAAUGUAGAGGAAGUCGUGAUUCCAGAAGUUUCCUAUACCUCUAUUUUUACUCUGGAAUGGUUGAGUACUUUCAAUGGAGAGCGGAUGGGUAUAGCACUGGAAAAUUGUUUACUAACCACUGAUGAUAAAAUAUUUCGUGUCCCCUGGGAUAAAGUGGUUAAUCCUGAAUUUAUAAAUAAACCAAAAAUAAUUGAAAACAGUAUCAUCUCUCCAGAAAACUUGAAAAGUGACCUUGAAGGGGAGUACGUUGAGCUGACAGAAGUUUCACUGCCCCGUUUUGGGCCUCAAACAGGCUCUUUGACCCAAUCGCUAGCUUUAAAUUAUCUAACUCAGCCCAGAACACGAGUGAAUGCAUCUAAAGGCAAGCACAAGUUUAUUGUCAUUCAAGACA